UUAGGCUAAUUAGAAGUUAUGGAAUUCGCUACGAAGGUUUGAAAAGUGUUAUGUUUGUCAUAAGGAGUGUUUUUCAGGGAUAUUUCUUUAAUGUACUGCCUAUAUGCGCUUAGGUAAAAGGGCUUGUCAUAGUGGGCUUGGCGCUUAGGUUAGAUUUGAUGACAGCGCAUACCGGGAGAGGUGAGGUUUUUGAAUUCUGUUCAUUCCCGAACAGUAAGCUAUUGCAUGGAUAGAGAACUCACCCGCUCAAUAUUUAGUUCGCUGUGGAUUCUGGGAGUUGAGGACACUGCCCAAGCUGUACCGGGUGUCGACAGAAGACAGUAGACAUAUUGCCGUUCCUCUUUUCUGGCAUCACACUGGUAGCGGCGCCAUGUCCAGCCGAGGAGGAAAGAAGAAGACGACCAAGACUUCCAGAUCCACCAAGGCAGGUGUCAUCUUCCCCGUGGGGAGAAUGCUGCGCUACAUCAAGAAGGGUCUGCCCAAGUACAGGAUUGGCGUUGGCGCUCCCGUCUACAUGGCGGCUGUCCUGGAGUACCUCACAGCUGAGAUUCUGGAGCUAGCGGGCAAUGCAGCCAGGGACAAUAAGAAGGGGCGAGUCACACCUCGGCACAUCCUGCUGGCCAUUGCCAACGAUGAGGAGCUCAACCAGUCUGUUCCACUGCAGCUGCUGAAAGGGGUCACUAUCGCCGCGGGCGGAGUCUUACCCAACAUCCACCCUGAGCUGCUGGCCAAGAAGAGGGGGUCAAAGGCCAAGCUGGAGGCCGUCAUCACACCUCCUCCUGCCGUCAAGAAAUCCAAGAUGUCCGCCACCAAGAAGUCGGCUUCCAAAAAGACGGCAGCAGGGAAAAAGACUGCGAUGAGGUCUAAGAAACAGGGAGAAGGGAGCAAAGCGGCCUCAGCGGACAGCACCACAGAAGGAACCUCCACGGAUGGAUUCACUGUCCUCUCCACCAAGAGUCUCUUCCUGGGUCAAAGGUUGCAAGUUGUGCAAGCUGACAUUUCCACUGUCGGCAGCGAGGCUGUAGUUCACCCGACCAACUCCAGCCUCUACACUGGUGGUGAAGUUACCCUGACAACCUCAGACUUUAUCCUCCCAGGUGGUGCUCUGGAGAAGAAAGGGGGGAAAGAGUUUGUAGACGCCAUCUUGGAGUUGCGGAAGAAGAACGGACCCCUGGAGGUGGCUGGAGCGGUGCUGACCUCUGGCUAUGGGCUCCCUGCUAAGUUUGUGAUCCACUGCAACAGUCCCAGCUGGGGAUCGGACAAGUGCGAAGAGCUGCUGGACAAGACGGUGAAGAACUGCCUGGCCCUGGCUGACGAGAAGAAGCUCAAGUCUGUGGCUUUCCCUUCUAUUGGCAGUGGAAGGAAUGGCUUCCCGAAGCAGACUGCGGCCCAGCUCAUUUUAAAGGCCAUCUCCAGCUACUUUGUUGCCACCAUGUCCUCUUCCAUAAAGACAGUCUACUUUGUGUUGUUCGACAGUGAGAGCAUUGGGAUCUAUGUGCAGGAAAUGGCCAAGCUUGACACUAACUAAGCACGUCUCUCCCCCUUGCCUUAAUAAUGGCUUGUUUGGGAUAUUUUUUUUUUUGGGCAAAAUAAAUUGUUUACGAGUGAAUUGUUUAAAUAUAUAUAUUUAAACUAUUUGUUUAAAAAAAUAUAUAUAUAAUUAUUUGCAUUAUGUUUUAUUUUCAUGUGUUGAAGUUGUGGUUUGACAGUAUGGAGUUUAGAUGGAAUUGGUUUCCUGGUUGUCAGUUGUGGGUCCCGUUCAGAAGGAUACAAACAUUCUGAAUGUUGUAGGUUUAUAACUGUUAUUCACACCAACAAUUCCAUGUAAAUGACAGAAAAGCAUGUCUGAUCUUUGUUUGUGUUUUUAUCUGAAGGUUCUAUAAUAUUGCACCACAAUGAGUGAGGCCCUUUAUCAGGAUGGUGGUACUAUUUGUGCUAAAUUUGAGGGAAGGUUGCAUUCCAAGUGUUUGCAAAACUGUAAUCUUUGUGAGAUUUUGAUUCUCAAUUCACCUCUCAAUUUGUCUCUUUUUAUUGGAACUGAAUCUUUUAUGUUCAUAGUGUUUAUUAUCACUGGUGUGUACUAGGUGGUGUAUGUGAAAUGUUUUAGUGAUAUAUUAGACUGUGACAAGGUUUUCCUUUUAAAAAAAAAAAAAAGUUUGUUUUAUUGAAGUUUUCACUUUGCCAACACUAAAGGAAAAUUAUCAGAAAAUAUAUUUUGUGUUUUUAUUAAUUUCUUUUAUUAAGUAUUGACAGUGUAUAGCAUUUUGUUUGAGGAGUUCUAAGGUUGUACAGGCUUUUUGCUCACAGGAAAUGUGUCCUCUUUCACCAGUAGAUGGCUCCCUAUUUCCAGGAAUGACGUCUUUCACAGAGCCAUUUUGUGCUCUUUUCAUUAAGACCUCCAAAAUGAAGUGGCAGAAACCGUGUGGGUCAGGAUGGAUGCUGCAUUGACUAAUUACUAGUAGCACCACUGUUGUGUUUGGAAUUUUCAAUAUCUUUCUAAUGACAUUUAAAAGCUUUCUAAACAUUGCUAAACUUGAAAAUACAGAAAUAUCCAAUCCGAUAAUAAAAUAUAUUGAA